AUGGCCCGCAUAUCCCUACCUUCUUUGGACUCCUCCCUUCCAGGGAUACCCCAGAGUGUGCUGGCUGUUUCCAUGGAAACUAAGUACCAAUGCCAGCAGUGUCACCAGGUCCUGAGAAAGCCGGUCCAGGCUCAGUGUGGACAUCGUUUCUGUGUCCAUUGUUUCAAACUGCUCACCAGGUAGACUACUGGAGCUCUUUCCUCAUCCCCACUACAGGCUCUGCAAACCCCCACCCUUCCUCAAGUUCCCCUUACUUUAUUUAACCCUUUCUCACUGGGCAUGCUGCUCCACCCCACCAAGUCCUGCUGUAGCUAUAGCACUGCAGUGUCUCUCUGUGGUGGUGGUGUUGUUGUUGGUUCCUUGUCUCCCAUCAGCAUCUCGCCCUUCCACUUACCUCAGCCCCUGUCAGGAUGAGUCGGCACGGGAUGCUGUGUGUCGGUCUGUGGUGGGUGUAUGUUAGGGUUGGGCGGUAUCCAAAUGUCCAUCCCUCCAUACCAUGCCUGUGACAUACCGGGAUAUAUGGUAUUACCGGUAGUGCACACAAGGCAACAUUUUCUAAUGUUAGUUAAGUGGCUAACGUUAGCUUGCAAGAUCAAGCUUCUUGGUAACAGCAGCAGAGACAAUCCCCUCCUGGAUUAAGAUAAUAUUUGUUUUGUGCAUGCUGCGUUUUGAGAUACUUGCAUAACUUUAUGUGCUGGGUUGUCUGUCCUAGUAGUAAAUGUUUGCAUACGCUCGUUAGCAUUUACCUAGCAUCUCUAUGAGAAUUCCUUAGUGCUUGUUAGCAUUCUGGUAAGCAAUGUUUUUGGGGCUUUUUGUACGCUUGAAAAUGCAAGUUAGCAAAACCCUGCUGGAGAGAAUAUAUUUGGCACAUCUUAGAUAGUGAACUUAAUAGUUAUAAGAUAUAUAGCUGGCAAACAUUAGUAGUGAAUUUCAUACAAGUGUAACUUGAUCACCUUACCUAAGUUGCGCUGCAGAGAUGACUCACCUCAAGAAGCUCCCAUUUUUCUCAUUGUGCUUCUUUGUAAACAAACACACGUGACUGGUUCAAACCGCUGUUUUGGGAAACUAGUACCGGUAAGCAUCAUAAUGAAAAAGUUUCAUAAUUAAAAAUUAUGAAGCGUGUGCUGCACGACAGUGAGUGACUCACAAGGCUCCGGUCUCUCAUCGUUGGGUGCUUGUAAAAAAAACACCAAAUGACUGGGGACUACUGUAAGGUGAAAUGAAGAACGCAAUGUUCUUUAUCUCCUAACGUUUUGCACAAGUAGCUACAAAUAUUCAAAUGUAUAAAAAAAAACUUCAAAUAAAUAGUUUCAACGGUAUUGAAAACCAUCUCAUGGCUUUUUCCAAAUACCCCAUUAUCCGGUAUACCGCCCAAGCCUAGGGUGUGGUAGCCAGUCAGAUUAGCACUAAUGCAGGGCCAACUUCGACUGGAACUGUCUGGAAUGGAUCUUACCUCUGGUGGUGCAACACUGGACCAAGCUGCUCUUGCUGAUUCCUACUAAAGAUGUCUACUCACUGGGAGUUUAACUAUGUCUCCACCUCACACUGCAGCUAAUUCUAUUUAUUUGUGUUUUGUUAAUUUCAUUAUAACACUAACUUUGGGCACAUUUUUUUCUUCUGUGAUUCCCCCUUCUUUUUAGCAAUGAUCUUAAAGUUUUGUCACACCUUUAGUCCUUUAAAGAGAAGUGGAAUCAUGGAAGUUUUUAUACUUCACCUGCUGCUACAAAUAAUAGAGCAAUGUUUUUGCCCCUUUUAAUUUGCCCACUUGAAUAACAAUUGUGCAGUGGAAUGGAAAGAAGAUGGAGUGAAGCAUUUCUUAGUUACAGGAUGUCCUGAUUAUCAUCUGAUUAUUAUUGGUAUGUUCAAGACUGGGCAUGCAUUUUUUACUUGCGAAGUGACAUCAUUGUCAGAGAUCAGACUACGUAGAAUCUACACAGGAAAGAACAACAAUAAGUGAAAGUGUACGUGGAAGCCUGGAAGGUAAUUGUAAAUACUGGAUGGGCGAUUAGUUGUUUAUAAGGAGAAACGGACAUUCGAGUUACGAACCUUCACUGUCACAGUUAAUUUAAUAUGAUACAUUUCACUACAAUUCAGGUCAAAUACAUUGUACUUGAAGUGCUGAUGUUGAAAUUCAAGAGUCAGUCAUUUAGUAAUCUAUCCCAGGAAUUUACUUCAAUUUGUAAUCCUAUUUCGGUUGAAACUCACUAGAAAUUCCAGUUGCCACAUGUCAGUUGCUAAGAAUUGAAUGUGGAGUGGUUUGAACAUAGCUAGAUGGUCGUGGUUGGUUAUCUAAAUGCGUACCGCAGAGUUAGUGGUUUCUAGUGGGUCUACAAUCUUUUUUUGAGUUAUGAACCCACACAGAAAACUCAUAGGGGAACUAUUUAGAGUGCACAUGAUCUCCAUUCACAGCCCUCCUCCGUCUACUGGUGGUCUGACUCCUUCACACUAAAUCCUCUCAAUCUGUUUAUUUGUUUGAAUCUUUGUGUUGCCUUGCAUACUGAUGUGCAUGUCCUUGUAUGUCUUGUCCGUGCCCACUAAUUAUAGUAUUCUUAAUACCUAUUAUUACAAUGUCUUGCUAUGGAUCUCGUUAGUCAAGUCUUGAUAUGACUUGCCCAUUUGUGUUUAUAUGACAGCUUUGCACACUCUUGGCAUUCUCUCAACCAGCUUCAACUGGAAUGCUUUGCCAACAGUCUUGAAGGAGUUCCCACAUACAGUGGGGAAAAAAAGUAUUUAGUCAGCCACCAAUUGUGCAAGUUCUCCCACUUAAAAAGAUGAGAGAGGCCUGUAAUUUUCAUCAUAGGUACACGUCAACUAUGACAGACAAAAUGAGGAAAAAAAAUCCAGAAAAUCACAUUGUAGGAUUUUUAAUGAAUUUAUUUGCAAAUUAUGGUGGAAAAUAAGUAUUUGGUCAAUAACAAAAGUUUCUCAAUACUUUGUUAUAUACCCUUUGUUGGCAAUGACACAGGUCAAACAUUUUCUGUAAGUCUUCACAAGGUUUUCACACACACGGUUGUUUGGUAUUUUGGCCCAUUCCUCCAUGCAGAUCUCCUUUAGAGCAGUGAUGUUUUGGGGCUGUCGCUGGGCAACACGGACUUUCAACUCCCUCCAAAGAUUUUCUAUGGGGUUGAGAUCUGGAGACUGGCUAGGCCACUCCAGGACCUUGAAAUGCUUCUUACGAAGCCACUCCUUCGUUGCCCGGGCGGUGUGUUUGGGAACAUUGUCAUGCUGAAAGACCCAGCCACGUUUCAUCUUCAAUGCCCUUGCUGAUGGAAGGAGGUUUUCACUCAAAAUCUCACGAUACAUGGCCCCAUUCAUUCUUUCCUUUACACGGAUCAGUCGUCCUGGUCCCUUUGCAGAAAAACAGCCCCAAAGCAUGAUGUUUUCACCCCCAUGCUUCACAGUAGGUAUGGUGUUCUUUGGAUGCAACUCAGCAUUCUUUGUCCUCCAAACACAACGAGUUGAGUUUUUACCAAAAAGUUAUAUUUUGGUUUCAUCUGACCAUAUGACAUUCUUCCAAUCCUCUUCUGGAUGCACUCUAGCAAACUUCAGACGGGCCUGGUCAUGUACUGGCUUAAGCAGGGGGACACAUCUUGCACUGCAGGAUUUCAGUCCCUGGCGGCGUAGUGUGUUACUGAUGGUAGGCUUUGUUACUUUGGUCCCAGCUCUCUGCAGGUCAUUCACUAGGUCCCCCCGUGUGGUUCUGGGAUUUUUGCUCACCGUUCUUGUGAUCAUUUUGACCCCACGGGGUGAGAUCUUGCGUGGAGCCCCAGAUCGAGGGAGAUUAUCAGUGGUCUUGUAUGUCUUCCAUUUCCUAAUAAUUGCUCCCACAGUUGAUUUCUUCAAACCAAGCUGCUUACCUAUUGCAGAUUCAGUCUUCCCAGCCUGGUGCAGGUCUACAAUUUUGUUUCUGGUGUCCUUUGACAGCUCUUUGGUCUUGGCCAUAGUGGAGUUUGGAGUGUGACUGUUUGAGGUUGUGGACAGGUGUCUUUUAUACUGAUAACAAGUUCAAACAGGUGCCAUUAAUACAGGUAACGAGUGGAGGACAGAGGAGCCUCUUAAAGAAGAAGUUACAGGUCUGUGAGAGACAGAAAUCUUGCUUGUUUGUAGGUGACCAAAUACUUAUUUUCCACCAUAAUUUGCAAAUAAAUUCAUAAAAAAUCCUACAAUGUGAUUUUCUGGAUUUCUUUUUCUCAAUUUGUCUGUCAUAGUUGACGUGUACCUAUGAUGAAAAUUACAGGCCUCUGUCAUAUUUUUAAGUGGGAGAACUUGCACAAUUGGUGGCUGACUAAAUACUUUUUUUCCCCACUGUAUGCUGAGCACUUGUUGGCUGCUUUUCCUUCACUCUGCGGUCCAACUCAUCCCAAACCAUCUCAAUUGGUUUGAGGUCGGGUGAUUGUGGAGGCCAGGUCAUCUGAUGCAGCACUCCAUUACUCGCCGCCUUGGUAAAAUAGCCCUUCCACAGCCUGGAGGUGUGUUGGGUCAUUGUCCUGUUGAAAAACAAAUGAUAGUCCCACUAAGCGCAAAGCAGAUGGGAUGGCGUAUCACUGCAGAAUGCUGUGGUAGCCAUGCUGGUUAAGUGUGCCUUGAAUUCUAAAUAAAUCACAGACAGUGUCACCAGCAAAGCACCCCCACACCAUCACACCACCUCCUCCAUGCUUCACGGUGGGAACCACACAUGCAGAGAUUAUCCGUUCACCUACUCUGCGUUUCACAAAGACACAGUGGUUGGAACCAAAAAUCUCACAUUUGGAUUUCCACCGGUCUAAUAUCUAUUGCUCGUGUUUCCUGGCCGAAGCAAGUCUCUUCUUCUUAUUGGUGUCCUUUAGUAGUGGUUUCUUUGCAGAAAAUCGACCAUGAAGGCCUGAUUCACACGGUCUCCUCUGAACAGAUGAUGUUGAGAUGUGUCUGUUACUUGAACUCUGUGAAGCAUUUAUUUGGGCUGCAAUCUAAGGUGCAGUUAACUCUAAUGAACUUAUCCUCUGCAACAGAGGUAACUCUGGGUCUUUCUUUCCUGUGGCGGUCAUGAGAGCCAGUUUCAUCAUAGCACUUGAUGGUUUUUGCGACUGCAUUUUAAGAAACUUUUUAAAAGUUCUUGACAUUUUCCGGAUUGACUAACCUAAUAACCAAAUAGGGCUAUCUUCUGUAUACCACCCCUACCUUGUCACAACACAACUGAUUGGCUCAAACCCAUUAAGAAGGAAAGAAAUUCCACAAAUUAACUUUUAACAAGGCACACCUGUAAAUUUAAAUGCAUUCCAGGUGACUACCUCCUGAAGCUGGUUGAGAGAAUGCCAAAAGUGUGCAAAGCUGUCAUCAAGGCAAAGGGUGGCUACUUUGAAGAAUCUCAAAUAUAACAUAUUUUGAUUUGUUUAACACCUUUUUUUUGGUUACUACAUGAUUCCAUGUGUGUUAUUUCAUAGUUUUGAUGUCUUCACUAUUCUACAAUGUAGAAAAUAGUAAAAAUUAAAAAAAAACUGGAGUGGGUGGGUACUUUUGACUGGUACUGUAUGUUUGUCUUUAUACUCCAAAGUGCUAUAUAUGUUACAUGAUUCAUCUUUCUAGUUUAACCCUGUGCUCUGUAGCUUACUGGUAAUCAUCGUAGAUGCAUUAAGAGCCCUCAAGCCGUCGGCCACUAAAAUCAUGUUGUACUGUAGAAUCACAUGACGUGUGUCUCCAUCAUCAGCUCCGGCCCAAAGCCCUGUGAAGCCUGUCGACAGGAGGAGAUAUAUGAGGAGCCACAGUCCAUUCUCAAUAGUAAUGAGGUAAGGCUCUGUUCCAUUCAUUUAACUUCUAACAACAUCUCUGGUGAAUCAUGUUGCUCCUGGCAAAAAAAGGAUAUGGAUUUAAUUCACAAUUUCGAAAGUAUUUAUUACAGUUCAAUGUUUAAGGGAGAAAACUGAACUUGAGGGGAAAAAGUUAACCAUGCAGUUCUUGUCACUGCCCUCAGGCUUUUCCAGACAAUGCAGCUGGUAGAGAAAUCGCCAGCCUGCCUGCCAAAUGUAUCAGUGAGGGAUGCUCUUGGACUGGUUGCAUAAAAGAAUAUGAGGUAUAG